AUUGCUAUUUACUCGGGUUCAAGUUAAAGCUGUCCCAUAAGAGUUAAACCGGCCAGAGACCAAUAAACCUUGUGGAGGAGGGUUAAGGAAGGGUUUAACUUUCCUUUAGGUUUGGGGAGGUGUGUUUUGCUGGGGGUUCUUUGGGCACAGGAAGGCUCCAGUGAUGCUCAGGUGCCUGAGGCUGAAGGCGGCGGGAGGCGCAGCUGUGCCCGUGAGGCCGCGCGUGCGGAGCUGUGUCCAGCUGGGCCCAGCAGGAGCAGGAUGUGCCUGUGGAGCAGGGCUGGAGGCGGCCCUGGGGAUGUGUGGAGGCCUGGGGCAGCUGUCCCGUGCAGCCAGGCUGGGAGAGCCGGGGCUGUGCAGCCGGGAGAGGAGCAGGGGCCGGGGAGGCCUGACUGUGGCCUUCCAGUGGCCAGAGGGGGCAGAGAGCCAUGGGGGAAGGGGAAGGUUGGGAUCAGAUGUUUGCAAGAGCUAGGAGGGUGCUGAGCCAGUGCAACAGGCUGCCCAGAGAAGCUGUGGAUGCCCUGUCCCUGCAAGGUUCCAGGCCAGGCAGGACAGGGCCCUGAGCACCGUGAUGGAGCCAGUGGCAGCAGAACCAGGCCAUGGCUGUGGUGCCUCCAUGGUAAUGAGAGACCGCCUGCUUAUUCACGACCCUUCACAGAAGUAAAAGUGAACGCUGUUUAUUUCUAUCGUUGGCACACCUUUUAUAGGGUUUUACAGGGCGCGUGGGCAGAGCAAACUACUAUUUGCUAACACACACAAGUUUACGUUUUUUCUCCUACACACAAGGAUAUUGUUUUACUUUACUCUCUCUUCUGCAGAAAGGUUUCAAGGACUUUACCUUUAAUAUCAUGACUUAUUUCGAAGGCUGGUUUGUGCACACAGGCCUUUACUAAUAUAUAAAAUAUAUCAACACCAUGGCCUUCUGGAACUCCAUGGGUGAGCAAAGCGCAUCCCCGUUAGCUGGGCAUGGAAUGUUGGCAGCGGUUGCCAGGGGCACUCCUGCUCCCAAGGUUCUGUUGACACGGCGUCUCUUGAGCCAGUUGACGGAUUCUCUGCUGCGCAGCAGAUGCGGAUUGUCCGUCUUCUCCAUCCCUGCUGGGAAGAGAGAGGCGUGUGUUGAGGAGCUUUCUGUCACUCCGAAAACACCUGCAGUGGGCUACCCAAAGGAACCUAAGGGAUUGAUCCCAUCCCUGAAGUUCCUUUUUUUGGUGUUUGUCCCACUUUCUUUGCCGCUGCUUUCAGAUCACAAAACACCAUGAGCUCCGGUCAGCGAAAGCGCCCUGGAGAGGUGCUGGAUUCCGCUCCAGCUCAGAAACGGAGCAGGCUGCUGGCCUCCAGAGCAGGUGGAACUUGGCAGACAGAGACAGUAGAGCCUGAAGUCAUAGAUCUCACAGGAGAUUCUCCACAGCCUGAAGUCAUCACUACCAGUGACGAUGAAUCUCCUGUGCAGAGCCAGCAGCAGCCACGUCUUUCCAGGGCCUCAGAGAAUUCAGCUGAGCCACUGGAAAGGAACAGUGCAGAGGAAGCAAGAGAAGAUGAUGGGGCACAGCCAGCAGAUCCUGCUAGUCCUCUGAGUAGGGAGGAUGACAACUCAGAGGGGCAGGACAGGGAGCUGAGUCAGCUGAACGCACAGGAUUCCAGCGAGGCAGAGACUUCAGCUGAGCUCUGGCCGAGUGAGGAUGAAGAGGAAGCAAGAGACAACGAUGAUGCAUGGACAGCAAGUCCCAUUAGUCCUCUAAUUCCUGAGGAUGACAACGCAGAGAGCCAGGCAUACCCACUUGGCUCCAGACCAGCCGAGGAUGCAGCUGAAGUCCUGGCAAAUGAGAAUGAAGAGGAGCCACAAGAUAUUGAAACAACAAGGCCCUCUGGUAGUCUCCUCUGUGUUAUUUGCAGGGGUUGCUACUCACAGGUAAGAAUCCACAAGUUGUUUUUUCUGCUUUGUGGAAGGGGAGGGGAAAAAAGGGGAGCUGCACAACUCAGUUGUCUUAGGUGGGUGCUACAGGCAGCUGGCUGGCAGCACAGCCCUUGCUGGGAAGCUCCAAGUUCCUGCAGCCCAUGCCUGCAAGUCCCUCCUUGCUGGUGUCCAUAGGGGGAGAAGCUCUUGCCAGGAUGGCACUGUCAGAUCCAGAUGUUCCUUGGAAUUCUAGCAUUGACUGAUAGAGUUCUUUAUUGCCAGUGCCUGUUGUGGUUUCCUUUCUUCAGCAGCUCUUUCAUCUAACAUGAAGUGUUUUGAGUUCAAAUAGCAGAAUUUUCCAGUUUUGGGGGAGAACAAGGGAAAGGAACAGCUCCAGGCCAAAUUGAAUUAGGGCACAGGAAGAGGGGAGGAGGGAGGAGGGUUUUCAGGUGCUUCCUAAGCUGCCUCUCUUUGUACCCUGUUGCAUCAAUGCGAGCAGAAUCAGCAGCAGCCACUUGGUUGUUUUCAGGGCAGCAGCUGUUUGUGCUCCUGCUUUGAAUGUUCUUAAGCCAACUUGGAGGGUGAUAGCCUAGCCUUGCUCACUCCUCUGCUAGAACUGCUCUCUGAGCUGAGGUUUGCAUGCAGCACAGGGGGCUCACCCAAUCUAAUUGUAUCUUCUUUUCUUUCCCUUCUCAUGUGCAUCAAUGGAAGUUUCCUGAAGUGCAUGGAGAAGAAAGGAGAACUGCUGCACUGAACAGCCAGGAACAGGUGGAUGGCUCUGCUGAUGGCACAGGAGCUAAUGACGCACCUGUGGCUGAUGCAGCCCCUGCAGAACACGGAGCAGAGGAGCAUGCUGGAAGUUCAGCUGCAGAGCCAGGAGUUGUUAUUAGCUGUCCAAUUUGCAUGGACUAUUACUCAGAGGUAAGGAUGCACCUCUUGUCAUCCUUUGUGCUUUGUGGGAGGAGGAAGAAGCCAAAAGGGGAGUUGCCCAAGUCAGCUGCCUGAUGUGGGCAGCUGGCUGGAAGCACAGCCCUUGCUGGGAAGCUCCACAAGUCCCUUCUUGCUGGUGAAUGGAGAGGGA